AUGGCCACCAAGACGACUGUCACCACAAAUCUCGUGGAGCAUCCUAGCAGUAGCCCCUACGAGACCGUGGUUGAUCAAAAAGGCCACACUAUCGAAACCACGAAGCAUGACGAGGAGUUGAGCACCGAUGGGGAUAACCCUUUUGCAGAUCCAGAGGUCGCGGAGCGGUAUGCUAUCCUCUAUGAAAAGGCACAGUAUGAAUGUCGCCAUGUUUUUGAUCCGACCUUGACCUGGACCCCGGAGGAGGAGAAAGCCAUCGUGCGAAAGUUGGAUUGGCGCGUGUGUUUAUGGGCAUGCAUCAUGUUUUUUGGAUUGCAGGUGGAUCGAGGGAACUUGGUACAAGCCGUCUCCGAUAACUUGCUGGAUGACCUUAAGCUAUCAACAAAUGACUACAAUACCGGCAAUAUCAUCUUCUACGUUUCGUUUCUGUUUGCAGAACUGCCAUCUCAGCUGGUGUCAAAGUUCAUCGGUCCUGAUCGCUGGAUUCCGAUACAGAUUUCGCUGUGGUCUAUAGUUGCAAUUUCGCAGGCGGCUCUCUCUGGGCGGUCUUCGUUCUUUGCGACGAGAUCUCUACUAGGAAUUCUAGAGGGCGGCUUCAUUCCGGACAUCAUCUUAUGGCUGUCCUAUUUUUACACCAGCCGUGAACUUCCUACGCGUCUUAGCUUUUUCUGGACAGCAUACGGCUUGACGACCAUCAUAACAGCGUUCAUGGCAUAUGGUAUUUUACACAUGAGAGGCGUACUUGGAUGGGCAGGAUGGAGAUGGCUGUUUCUAAUCGAGGGCCUGAUCACCUUACUGAUUGGUUUAGCCUCUUUCUUCAAGAUGCCUGCGUCUGCAGUGGAGACCAAGAAGUGGUUUCGCCCAAAAGGCUGGUUCAACGAUCGUGAGGUUAGAAUUGUUGUCAAUCGUGUUCUACGCGACGACCCUUCCAAAGGGGAUAUGCACAACCGCCAAGCGGUAACCCCUAAACGCCUAUGGAAUGCCCUACGAGACUAUGAUCUGUGGCCGAUGUACCUUUUGGGCGUAAUCGUGUUCACGCCUAUGGUUCCAAUGAGCGCAUACAUCACGCUAUUGCUAAGAGGUAUUGGGUUUGAUACCUUUGUUACAAACCUCCUGACUAUCCCCUCCAGCGUAGGCCACAUCAUCUCUCUACUCGUCCUGACCCAGAUCAGCGAGCGCCUGAACCAGCGCGCUCUAGUCGCUAUCUCACAAUCUAUCUGGACACUGCCAUGCAUAGCAGCAUUAAGGUUCUGGCCAGAUGUGAUGGACAAUAAGUGGGGCACUUAUGCGAUCAUCACUACAUUGCUGUGCUUUCCAUACGCCCACGCUAUUCUUGUCGGGUGGGUCUCGAAGAACUCGAAUAAUGUGGGCACACGGACUGUAUCAGCGGCCGUCUACAACAUGUCCGUCCAAUUAGGAUCCGUCAUUGGAAACAACAUCUACCGCGAGGACGACAAGCCCAAAUAUCGAAGGGGUAAUAGUGUUUUGCUGGCGCUGAAUAUCUUAGGGAUAGUAGUUUUUAUUGGGACAAAGGUGUAUUACGUGUCGAGGAAUCGAUACCGUGAUCGCAUUUGGGCUGCCAUGACGGAGGAGCAACGGCUAGAUUAUUCGAGGAAUACUACUGAUACGGGGAGCAAGAGGCUGGACUUUCGAUUUGCCCAUUAG